AUGGCGAACUUCCACGAGAUCCUCGCAGGGAAGCUGGACACAGCAAAGGGGUUCGGCAAGGCUCAGUUCUCCCUGAGCGGUGCGGCCCUGCUGGAGCUCCCGGCGUAUGCCAUCGAGAAGAUCAAGCGCUCGGUGCUGCAGCUGCAGGAGUUCGACCUGUCGAGCAAUCGCCUGGUCUCGCUGCCUGAGAACCUCACCGAACUGCGCACCCUGCGCGUCCUGCGCAUCAACUUCAACUCCCUGCCGAAGCUGCCAGAUGUAGUCUGCCAGCUCGGGCGCCUGCAGGUGCUGAGCCUGACGGGCAACCAGCUGACGGACCUGAACGAGAACAUCGGCCAGUUGCGGGCGCUCAAGGAGCUGGACCUGUCUGGCAACCAGCUGCAGUCGCUCCCGCAGUCCUUCUGCGACCUGAUCAACCUGCAGUUCCUCAAUGCGGGCGACAACCGCCUGGAGUCCCUCCCGACGGACUUCGGCGAGCUGGUGAACCUGGAGCGCCUGAUCCUCUCCACGAACAACCUCUCGCAGCUCCCCGAGUCGAUGGCCGCGCUCACGCGGCUGACCAAGGUCGACCUCGCGAACAACCACAUCACGCGCAUCCCCCCGGGCAUGGGCCACAUCACGAGCAUCCAGGACUUCGAGGUCAAGUUCAACAACCUGCCCGAGCGCGCCCUGGAGGCCCACCUGCAGGGCGUCACGCGCUUCCUCGCCUUCCUGCGGUCCGAGGAGGAGCGCGAGCGGCAGGAGGAGGUCACGCGCAUGAAGCCCGUCGCGAAGCAGGUCGGCGUGUACCUCGAGUACAUGCUCAAGAUCAACGAGCAGUCGACGGCGCGGCGCGGGCGGGCCUACACGCGGCGGGAGCGCCUGGCGCUGGAGGAGGCCGCGCGGCAGGACCCGUUCGGGGCGACGGAGAACCGGUGCUUCGUGAUGUCGGGCGCGGCGCACGUGCACACGGGGUCGGCGCUGAUGGUGUUUGGCGGGCAGGAGCUCAAGUCGGGCCUGAAGACGAGCCACCUGUUCCACCUCAACAUGGAGACGCUGAGCUUCAACCGCAUCGUGACGCAGGGGGACCCGCCCGCGCCGCGCGACGGGCACUCGAUGGUGUACGACUCGAUCGCGAACCGGCUGGUGAUCUUCGGGGGCCGCAACGACAAGGGGCGCAAGGUGAACGACGUGUCGUGGAUUGACCUGAGCACCUUCGUGUGGGAGAAGCAGCAGUGCGAGGGCAACUACCCGGGCGCGCGCGAGAACGCGUCCGCGCGCUUCGUGCCGGAGACGAACAGCAUCGUCGUGUUCGGCGGGCGCGGCACGGGCGUGCGCUACAACGACCUGCACCUCCUGGACCUGGCCACGCUGACGUGGUCGCAGCCGGCCACGUCCGGGUCCGUGCCCUCGCCGCGGCAGUCCGCGGGGAUCUGCGUCGCGAACAACCGCCUCUGGGUGCACGGCGGGAAGUCGAACUUCGUCCUCGACGACCUGUACGUGUUUGACUUUGCCACGCUGUCGUGGACCAUGGUGGAGACGGCGGGGAAGCCGCACCCGCCGCGGUACCGCCACGAGGUCUUCUUCCACGAGGGGCACAUCCUGACGUUCGGCGGGUACGACGCCCUGGGCGGGCAGUGCGCGCAGAUGUUCAAGAUGCUGGUGCCCGAGGACAUCAGCCAGGAGCACCUGGUCAAGUACCCGCCCGUGUGGGUCGAGAUGGACCCGGACGUGAGCCCGCGGAUGCACCGCAUGGCCUUCUUCGGCGACGGCCACCUCGCGAUGCUCCAGGUCGGCGGCCGCGGCGAGGACGAGGGCGUCGAGGAGGAGUCGUGGUACAACUGCUUCAAGCUGACCGCGCUCGGGAACCUGCCCGAGCGCGAGGUGGGCUCGGACGCCCCCGACGAGAACCAGAAGACCUCGCGCGUCACGCACACCAAGCAGGCGCUCCGGAGCACGCUCCCGCAGUCGUUCAGCAGCCACACGGUCAAGGAGCUCAAGAUGCUCGACUACUGCGGGUCCUUCCAGCGGCUCUUCGGGGAGAUCUACCCGCGGCGCCGCCCGCUCUUCCUCACGCCGCGCAACGAGCUCGGCGUGCACAAGCUCGUGUGCACCACGCUGCGCCCCUCGAAGCUGGCCUACUCGGAGCUGUACAACCUGCCCAGCUGCGCGCACUUCGUGUCGGAGUUCAUCAAGUACGAGCCGCUCGAGAACCCCGUGCAGUACCCCGCGUACCUCCCCUCGCCCACCUCGGUCAUCAACUGGCAGGCGGGGGACUCGUUCGACAUGUCGAUGCUGCUCGCCUCCCUCCUCCUGGGCGUGGGGUACGACGCGUACGUCGUCGUCGGGUACGCCCCGCGCAAGGUCUGCCUGUACGACCUCACCGAGACGGAGUGCCCGCUCGUCGAGGCCGACCGCAGCGGGCGGAAGGGCGCCAUCCGCGAGAUGCCGUCCACGGACGUGCCGCCGGCCCCCGCGAAGAGCGAGGCCGAGGGCCUGCAGGCGGCCGCGCCGGAGGCACCCGCGCCCGCGAAGGAGGACGCGGCGCGCGAGGGCGCCGGCGGCGAGGAGAGCGGCAGCGGGGGCGAGGAGGAGGACGGCGACGAGGAGGAGAGCGCCGACGGCGGCGCGCAGCAGGGCGACGAGGGCGAGGGCGGCGAGGGCGGCGCGGAUGCGGGCGAGGAGGGCGCGGAGGAGGACAUGGACAUCGCGGCGGGCGACACGCUGGACGCCCCCGGGACCAAGGAGAAGUACAAGCUGCGCGAGGCCGCCGACCUGACGUCCAAGUACCAGAAGUACCUGCAGCAGCAGGCGCAGGCGGACAGGAAGCAGACGGCGACGCAGCGGCAGAACGACGUGCUGGCGGCGGCGCAGGCGCCCCCCCCGCCCGCGGCGGAGGAGGCGGCCGGGGAGGAGGGGGAGGAGGACGGCGAGGACGAGGCGCAGCAGCCCGACAGCCCGACGCGGCAGCUGGGGGACACGGGCGCGCUGAAGGGCACGGUGAAGAUCCACGGGAUGCGCGCCGGGUUCUUCUCCGCGCGCAUAGGCGACAUCACGGACCUGGACGACCCGCACUGCGGGCGCCGCGUGCACGCGUGGGUGCUGGUGCUCCCGGGCAGCCGCGACGUCACGACGCCGCUGUACGUCGAGCCGUCCACGGGCGAGAUGUACCCGCUGCGCCGGGCGCCGUACACGGGCGUGGAGGCGGUGUUCAACCACCGCAACUUCUGGGUGUGCAUGCAGAUGCCGCAGCCGCACUCGGACUCGCGCGCCGACCCGCGCACGCUGCGCCUCGACCUGAGCAACCCCGCGCAGUGGGAGCGCCUCUUCCAGCCCGCGGACCAGCAGGCGCCCGUGCUGGACCCGGCGCAGUGGGCGGAUGCGCAGCCCGCGGCGGCGGCGGAGCCCACGGCGACCCCGCGGCCCGACAGCGCGGCGGUGUCGCGUCCGGGCGCCCCGAACACGGCCGAGAAGGAGAAGGGCGGGCAGGCGGCGGCGGGCGACAAGCCUGUGCAGCGAGGCGCGGCCGACAUGCCCCCCAGCUGGGUGCCGCGGCUGCGGAUCCCGCGCGAGGCGUUCGACACGCGGUGCCCGCGCGGCGUGAAGACGAUGAUGUACAAGGAGUGCAAGCAGGAGAUCUUCGCGUACUUCGGCGAGUGUGCGCGGUGGGACGGCAUGGUGGAGCGCGUGACGGUGUACGAGAACGAGGCCGCGACGACCGUCGACGAGCAGUGGGAGCUCUUCCGGCGCCGCAAGGACGCCCUGCGCGAGCGCCGGCUAUACCCGAGCGAGCACAAGACGGUCGAGCACUUUGACGAGGGGUCGGCGUUUGGCGUCAAGUCGAUCUGCAGCGUGCGCGGGAAGAUGCGCGAGACGCUGUUCUACCCCGCCGCGCGCCUCGACGGCCUGUGCCGCCGGCUGGAGGAGUUCUCCGAGACGGACUACGCGUUCAAGAACUGGCUCGAGCCCACGGCGAUGAUCCCGCGCAUCAAGACGACGGAGUGGUUCACGGGGCGCGACGACUUCCUGGAGUUCCGGUCCGUGACGUACGUGCGCGUCACGCCGCAGCAGGUCAUCCACCGCAUGGAGAACGAGAAGCAGUCGGCCAGCGGGCUCAUCAAGACGGAGUACAUGCAGCCCAUCGCCAAGGUCACGGAGCGCUUCCGCCGGAACCCCGCGCGCGACGCCGACGAGGACGUGGCCAAGCGGCGCUUCCGCCUCACCGAGGACGAGAUCACGCUGCAGUACCACUACGGCGAGGGGCGCAUCACGCGCGGCGCCAAGCUGUUCACGCGCGACACGUCGCACGUGACGCAGGUGGACCCGCUCGUGCGCACGCCGACGGACAGCGAGCUCCUCGAGGAGUACCAGGCGCUCGUGCAGGCCGAGCGCGAGACGGUGCAGUCCAUCCGCGACAUGGAGGCCGACGUGCGCGAGCUGCUGCUCAACCGCGUGCGCGAGGAGCAGGUCAUGGUGCUCGUCACUCCCUACUUCGACAUCAUCCGGGAGCUCCGCGAGGACUCGGACUCGGAGGUGGUCGACGAGGAGCAGGCCCUGUACGACUACCUGGCGCCCUACCUGCCCGCGGUCAUCGGGCCGCGGAGGCCGCUGUCGGUCGACGAGGCCAAGGACGUGCGCAGCAAGGUGAUGAAGGCGCUCACGGAGCGGCUCCUGGCGCGCGAGGCCAUCAUCAAGAGCCGCAUCGAGGAGGAGAAGGCCGCACUGCAGAAGAAGCAGGCCAACUUCCAGCGCGACCGCGACCAGAUGACGCGCGAGGAGGAGGAGGAGUACGAGCACAACGUCGAGGAGAGCAUGUUCCGGCUGCACAUCCUCGAGCAGCGCCUCAAGCGCCACCAGGAGGAGGCGCUCCUCAAGUUCUACGAACUCGACCAGAAGCUCCGCGCGGACCCGAGGCUCGCCGCGCUCGCCGCCGGGCCGCAGCAGUGA